CCCCUCCCCCCCGGCUCCCUCUCCCCCUUGCAGCCCGCCCGGCCGCCCUUCUCCGCCGGCUGCGAGCGAGGGAGGCGCCGCCCGAGCCAGAAAGAGUUUACAGGAAGAAGUAAUCCAAGAAAGGAAGAAUAAGCAGAUCAAGAUGUGUAGCUCUGUGGCUGCCAAGCUGUGGUUUUUGACAGAUCGUCGAAUUAGGGAAGACUAUCCCCAAAAAGAGAUCUUACGAGCAUUAAAGACUAAAUGUUGUGAGGAGGAACUGGAAUUUAGAGCUGUGGUAAUGGAUGAGCUGGUUCUAACAAUUGAGCAGGGAAGCCUGGGUCUACGGAUCAAUGGAGAACUAAUUACUGCCUACCCCCAGGUGGUGGUAGUGAGAGUACCAACCCCUUGGGUGCAGAGUGAUAGUGACAUCACUGUUUUGCGCCAUCUAGAGAAAAUGGGAUGUCGGUUGAUGAACCGACCUCAAGCCAUCCUGAAUUGUGUUAAUAAGUUUUGGACAUUUCAAGAGUUGGCUGGCCAUGGUGUUCCUCUUCCAGAUACUUUUUCUUAUGGUGGUCAUGAAAAUUUUGCUAAAAUGAUUGAUGAGGCAGAAGUACUGGAGUUCCCAAUGGUAGUGAAGAAUACACGGGGUCAUCGAGGGAAAGCUGUAUUCUUGGCCCGAGAUAAGCACCACUUGGCUGAUCUAAGCCAUCUUAUUCGUCAUGAAGCUCCAUACUUGUUCCAGAAGUAUGUUAAAGAGUCUCAUGGACGGGAUGUACGUGUCAUUGUUGUGGGAGGCCGUGUGGUUGGCACCAUGUUACGUUGUUCAACAGAUGGGAGGAUGCAAAGCAACUGCUCACUAGGUGGUGUGGGGAUGAUGUGCUCAUUGAGUGAACAAGGGAAGCAGCUAGCUAUCCAGGUGUCUAACAUCCUCGGGAUGGAUGUGUGUGGCAUAGACCUGUUGAUGAAAGAUGACGGCUCCUUCUGUGUCUGCGAAGCAAAUGCAAAUGUAGGUUUCAUCGCCUUUGAUAAGGCUUGUAAUCUAGAUGUAGCUGGUAUCAUAGCGGACUAUGCCGCCUCCCUUCUGCCCUCUGGCCGGCUCACUCGGCGUAUGUCCCUGCUCUCCGUGGUGUCCACGGCCAGUGAGACUAGUGAGCCGGAGCUGGGCCCCCCAGCCAGCACUGCUGUUGACAACAUGAGCGCAAGCUCCAGCUCUGUUGACAGCGACCCUGAAAGCACGGAGCGAGAGCUGCUCACCAAGCUCCCAGGGGGGCUAUUCAACAUGAACCAACUGAUAGCCAAUGAAAUCAAACUCCUGGUGGAGUGACUCCACUGGUAAAUAAUUAACCAACAAAACCCUUGUAAAACUUCCUUUCUUUUUCUUUCUUUUCUUUCUUUCCCUCUCCUCCCCUCCCCCCUUUUUUAAAACCAACUUGCAAUGCUGUUCAUGGAAGAUGCUCAGGAAGAUGAGAGAAAAUUGAAUGCGAUUAGUUAGAGAGGAGGGGACUAAGGACUAGACCGCUGCUAUUAGAAUGUUACUGACUUUCUUUACAAAUCCCACAGAGAGAGAGGCAGAAGAGGAGAUGUUACACUCUCCUAGUUACCCUUUUAAAUUAUUCAAAAUACGUAUGCUCUCAGGCCAUGAAGAACAUAUAAAUUUUUUCAUAGUUCCUUUUAUUUUUGCAUAGUUGGUUCACAUUUCAGCAUGGCAUGAUUUCACAUUGUGUUUCAAACAUCUAUCUAAAUUACAGGAAUUUUUUAAAUACAAAUCUGAAAAUUUUGCUAUUACCAUUACUAGGAGCUUUAUGUUCAUAGUUUAUGAAAACUUGAGGAGCUCUUUUAUUUAGAUUUCUUAUUUUUGUUUUUUCCCUUAAUUUGGGUGGGAGGGCAAGGUGAAUAUGAACAAAUAAAGGCUUUUUAAAUGACAAAAUUGGCAUGUUUGCAUGAUAAAAGGGAAAUGAACAGUAUUGCAAUGUCUGGUACACAAAAUAACCUUUACUCCAAUGUAGAUAAAAUUACACUAGUUUAAAAUAUGUACAUUGACUUGUAUUUGUUAGUGUUUUAGUCUUUUUUGAAAGAUACAUGCUCUGUUAAUGUUGCAUUUUUUUUAAAUACAUGCUAGUCUAACAUUCCCUGAUCUAUGCCUGCAUAUUUAACAAUGGCCAAAGUGAAGAAAAUGCUACCUUUUUGUUAACAAGACACUGACUUGAAACAUGUGCAUUUAGAGCCUUUUAUUUUUUCCUUUUUUCUUUUGGUGGUUGGGCAUUUAAAGAAUGAGGACAAGGAAAAAUAUUUUUGGGGUGGGGCGAAUCAAGGGCCUAUAAACUGAGGUGAUUUCUAAUACCAGCGUUAUAUAUUUGCAUUUUUCACAUUUUACGAGGGAGUAUAUAUGUGUGUGUGCACGCAUGCAUGUGUAUGUGUUUUGCUUUUGUUUACACCAAUCAAUCAAAAAGGAUAGAUUCUAGAAAAUGGAGCAUGAUGGGAAACACAGUUUUUCAGUUGUUUUCAUAACUAUAUUCUACUGGGGUAGAGGUACUCACAUAAGGAGAAUAGAUGUUGUUAGGUCUUUGUGUGUGUGUAUGUGUAUAUAGAUAUAUACACAUAUAUAUGUUCAGUUUUUUUUCUUCAGUCUAGACUGUUCAGUGUAUGAUUUAUUCAAGGCUACAUGCUUUUUUCCAAUGCUUCUGGCUGUGUAUUUUCUCCUAUUACACAUAGGUUUUUGGGUGGGGUGGAAUGGAGAUUUUUGUUUGGGGACUUAUUUAGCAGUAUUGAGUCUCUUAACAGCCCUACUCUGAAGCCUUCACUACGCUCCACUCUUUAUAUUCCUUUGCUUUCUGAAUUUAUAAAAGCCCCCAAACUGCAUAUAAUAUGAGCCUUUAAAACAUGGGUAAAACUAUUCCACUGAUGGGUUUGGAAGGUGUUGAGAAAUGGAGAUGCUGCAGAGCUCAACGUAAUUUUUUAAACAGCAAGUUUCAUCUCCCUACAAUCCUCUGAAGCUUUUACCCAAGUCCUUUCUUGCCUCUCCAGUGCUUUUUUCCUUCAGAUGGACCUUAAACACAAUUUCUUGGACACUGCUAGAGAGACUUCAAGGCAAUAAUAAACAUCAGUAUUAACCAGCUUUUACAGAGGUUUGAUCAUGCUUACUUGUACAGUUUUCCCCCUAUUUUAAAAAGGAAUGUAAUAAAAUUUGUUUUUUCCAUAGCAUUAAAUAAUAUUAAAGUUGAGUUAAAGGUUGAUUGUUGACAAAUAGAAUAGUACCUCUAAUCUGUGUAGUGUCUCAUUUCACUCAGAAAAAAGAUAUGUAAGAGGAGUUUCUAAUUUAUUUUAGGACGUUCUAAUUGCAUCUAAAACAAUUGACUUGCCAAAGGGUUAUUAUGGGACUCACAUAUAUAUAAGUCCCUCUGAUUCAUUAAGAGAAAGAAAUAAUUGGUACUUCUUUAACUGAGUGACCAUACUUUGGAGGAUGCAUACCAGUUGGGAUAGAGAAACAAAUGAGGAAGAACUGCUAAAGUAAAUCAUAUGUUUGUAUAGAGACCAUCUGGUUGACACAUAAAGUAUGAUAUGUACACUUUGAAUAGUUACAUAUCACAUGUAUAUAGAUUAAUGAGUUUUAAAACACAAAUAGAUCACCCUCUCUAUACUAGAUGAAAAACUCAAGGUUUGUGUUGGAUGGGAUAAGAUGUCAGGAAAAAAGGUAGAGUCUUCCAAAAAAAUUUACCAGAUUAGCCAACUAUACAAGAAAAUCUGAAAGAUUUCACCUUAAGUUUAUUCAAUAUUUAUUCAUCUUUUGUGCACUCACACAUUUUAAACACAUAGUAUUGCCAGUCUAUUUCUGAAUCGUACACUCAUAGAAUGCAAAGGGCAGGAAUGGUCAUCUUAGACUUUAAAACAUGAAUAUCUUCUUGAAUUCCUUCAAAAAUUAAGGUUAAAGAAUAUGAACAUCAUUCUGGAAGAACCCAAUUGAAAGAGAUCACAUAUUUAAGUGAAAAGCUAAAUAUAUUUUCAUAUUGUUUAAUAGUUUUUGUGUAAUCUGAGAGGUUAAAGUGUGUUUAUUAAAUAUGUAUAAUCAUUAUAAUGCCAAAAUAUGAAUGUAAAAUUAUUGUGUAUUGUAAGAGUUGUAAUUCUGGACUGUAUUUUUUAAAGUAAUCCUUUCUGAUUCUAUUUUUAUGUUGCCCAUGAUCUCUCACUCAUGCACACGCACACGCAUGCACGCACCAAAUGAUUUCAUUUAAAAUUUUUAAUAGUUUUUUUUCUUUUUUGGUGUGUAUAAUUGAUUGGUUAUUUCUGCUGGCUUUUACUCCACUGAACUUUGAAAUCUUUCUGUAUAUGCUAUCAAUAAGAAAAUUCCCUGGAACAUUAGAAAAAUCCAUCAAGAGACUUACUUUCAUCAAGCACUUUAUCAGACUUUUGAGAAGGCAUCAAAUCGUUGAAAGAAGUUACUGACUUUCAAAAUCAUCUCCUUUUUCUCAAGAAGAAAACAAUGGAAAAGCAAAUUCUCUUCAUUCAUUGAAUCCCCAGUUUGGGGCCUGGGGAGCUUAGAGACAUUGUGAAAUCAAAUCUUGUGUUACAUUUUUCUCCUGGCUCACUCUUUUUGAGAAGGUUUAUGGGCUAUAUGGCUGGUGAGACACGAUCCCCUCCUAAGAAAAUGUAGGUGCUCAGACAGGUAACCUCUGCUGCUACUGUUUUUAUUUGUUUGUUUGUUUGUUUAAUUUCAUUUAAAAUUUGUUUUUGUUGUAAUAGGAUAUUUUUAAAUGUAAUAUAUUGCAGGAUUUAUAACCAGGUUCACUGCUUUCUUUCUUUCUUUUUUUUUCUUAAAAAAAAAAAAAAACAAAAAAACAAAGUUUCAUUUAAGAUACAUUUAGGCGCCUUUGAAGCUUGGAUUUUGGAAUGUUUCAGUAGUGGACAGAAAUCUGCUGUUGGAAUCUUCUAGUCUUCCAGGUUUAAUUUGAAAUGUUUUUAGUUUUGUUUUGGAUUUUUUGUGUGGUAUUUUAUUUCCUUUAUACCAAUGCCCUUUUGCCAUGCUGUUUUGGGGUGGUUGCCUAACUCUAGUGAAAAAUUCUUUCUAUAUUAACAAAAUUUGGUGUUUUUAAUUCCUUAAUGUUUUGCAAUUUUAAAAUUGUUUUGAAAGAAAUAUUCUAACUGCUUGCACUGUUACUGUUCUUUGCCAGCCUUUUCAGGAGCCAAAAAACCAAAACAAACAAACAAAAAAAU